AUGAACACGCUCUGGCGUCAGCAACGCACCACCGGGAAAGCCGUCUAUAUCAUCACAAAUGAAGCAGAGAAUGCAGUCGUCGCACUUCCAAUCCGGAAAGAUGGAACUCUCGCAGCUGGCAGGUCCACCAAGACCGGUGGUGCUGGAGCAGUCAUGGUCGGAGCAGCUUCAGGAAAUCCCCAGCUCCCUGAUGGACUGGCUAGCCAGUCGUCACUGUCUGUUCUUGGAAACAACAUCUUCGCUGUCAACUCCGGCUCAAACACCCUUUCCAUGCUAGCAAUCAAUCCCAACGACCCAUCAUGCUUGACGAUGGUGGGCCAGCCCGUCGCAGUACCAGGCGAGUUCCCAAACACCGUCGCCGCCUCAGCAAAGAACAACCUCGUAUGCGUUGCGACCACGGGAGCCGUAGCCGGAGUGUCCUGCGCCUCCUUCUCCGACCAAGGAAUCGGACCCAUGGACAAGCUUCGUCCCUUCGACAUUGGCCAAUCUACACCACCCAAAGGCCCUCUAAACACCGUCUCGCAGACUCUCUUCUCAGGCGACGAAAUGAAGCUCCUCACAAUGGUGAAGGGCGACCCCCCAAACAACAAAACCGGCUUCAUCUCCGUCUUCGACGUCCAGCGCCAGUGGCGCCGCCCCUCGACGCUCGCCACUCAAGGCGUUCGCAGCUCACCAAACGGCACCGCGGUCCUCUUCGGCACAUCCCGCAUCCCGGGGAGCCCCAACUCAUUCUUCGCAACCGACGCUUCCUUCGGCGCCGCCGUCAUAUCCCUGGACCAGAACGGCACCGCGACCGCCGCACACAGCCAGGCACUCGACGGCCAGAAGGCGACAUGCUGGGCCACCGUCUCGAGCGCUUCGCGCUCCGCGUUCGUCACUGACGUCGGUCGCGACCUGAUCGUCGAGAUGAGCCUCAGCGAUGCAAGCAUCAUCAAGCAAUACGACCUCUCGGCGAAUGGCGACCCAGGGCUGAUCGAUCUGGCGAGCGGCGGUAACUUUGUGUACGCUUUGUCGCCUGGAAACGGGACCACGGGUGCGGCGAUUACGGUGUUAGAUGUUUCGGGUGGCAAGGGAGGAGCGAAGCAGGCGCAAAGGUUUAGCCUGGCUGGACUUGCGAGUAGCACUGCACAGGGUAUGGCGGUGUUGAUGUGA